UAACAUGACAAAAGUUCAGUCUUCCCACGAAUAUAAUCUUUCAUUUUCUAUGUAUAUAUCUUCAUAAUUAUCUACACAUAUAAAUACAAGAAACAUCUCCGGAGAUCCAAAAGGCAAAACUACUCAACAGAGCAAAACCAAGUGACUUAUUUUUUAUCGUGUAACAAAAUUCAUAGAAAACAAAAGGAUGGCUGGAGUGAGAUCAGAGCCGAUGAAGGUUGUAUUCAUAAACACACAGUACGUUCAGACAGAUGCUCGGAGCUUCAAGACGGUUGUUCAAGAACUCACCGGUAAAAAUGCCGUCGUGGCCGAUGGUUCUUUCGAGUUCUCCGGUCAAGGCUACGGUGGUAAAGAUUCAUCGCAGAGGUUCUGCAGCACAGGAAAAGAAACAGAAGGGGGUGCAGAGACGACGGAGUUCGAUAGCCUUUUCAGGGAGACCCCUCCCGUCGGCGAAUUGUACAAUCUUUGGUCAGCCAAUUGACUCUUAGUGAAAAAAAUUAGUUUUUUACUUAUUUUAAUUUCACAAAUUUGGUCUAUUUGAGGCCCAUUGGGUUUAAUCUUAGUAUCAUCAUCUCAAGCCUCUGUAAAAUACGCGAGUGAUCUGAUCCCUUUACUCCUUUAGAAUGUGAACAUUUUUUUUUUUUUUCUUAAUGCAUUUUUAAUGUACAUAAGGAAAUAAUAUGCACUUUUUGAAAUUAUAUGUAGCAGAAUUACAUAUUUUUUUAAAACCAGAUUUAUAUUAUCAUUAAUACGGUUUUUUUU